CGCAGCGGAACCUGUCAUCCAAUUCGCGCGCCCCAUCAGAUUAACCGACGCCAUAGCGAUCUGGUCGUCCUUUCCCAUACAUCAAAGUCUUCCGCAGCCAUUAUCUUGACGACUGCUGCCGUCACGGCCGCCCGAAUACACAACGACUCGAUUACACAACUUCCACACCACAGCGCAUACAGUUUUCCUAUUGUGCGCGCUCAACACCACCAUACUCUGACGACGACGACGGCUAAGCGGCAAGGCUAGCAGUAACGCACCACUGCCGUGCACACGCAAGCCUUUUGCAACUGACAUCUCGUUGACAUUGCCAGUCGGAGGGGCCACUGCCGACCACACGCCUGUUUCCGGCAUCAAGGCCAGUCCCACGACAAUGUCAAGCGCCAAUCCUCCAGCCACUGCAACUUCCGGCCCUCGACCUGCGACACCCAUGAGCAAUGGAUCGGCAAACCAUCCGGUCGACCCCCCUCCUGCCACGAAUGGCCACCCGAACCACGCUCACGAGACCCGGCCGGCUCCUGCGCCCCCCGCAAACAUGGUGGGCAAAAAGGGCAAACCGAAAAAGGCUCCCGAGCCGAACGAGGCCAGUAAGCUCAUUGCUGCUAGAAUCACACAACUGGAGCAAGAUGCCGCUGGUGAAAAGGACCAGGAGGCCGAAAUAGUCAACCUUUGCUGCAUGUCUUCAGACCACCCUCCAGUCUCGAUUGGGAUGUAGACGGGUUGAAUCAAGACAGAGGAGUUUUGUCAAGGCGGGCGAUAUUGGCUUCGGAUGAAAGAGAAGGCGCUGACAGCAAGCCGUGCGCAGAACGAGAGGUCAAGAAAGCUAGUAGGGAGCUACACAGCCAGACCUCGCGGAUGAACGACCUCCAAAAGAUUGAUCAUCUGACCAAACGCUGUGCGGACUUGCUGGCGGAGAUGAAGAGGCUCGAACGUGAAAGCAUCAAAAACAAAAAACGAGGCGAUCAGCUACAGAAGGACAAGGACAAUAGCCGCAAUGAACUCAACAAGACAACGUCGCUUAAAGAGAAGCUCGAGAAACUCUGCCGCGAACUGCAAAAAGAGAAUAACAAGCUCAAGAACGAGAACAAGACGCUAUCGGAUACGCAGGUUCGAAGUCAGAACUCAUGGGAUGAGAGGUAUUCAGCUCUUCUUCGUCGAAUGGAUGACUAUCAGGAAGAAAAGGACAAUCCGCGCAAGCAAGUAGUGGACAUGGAAAUGGAUGAAUUUUUUCGCCAGCGGUUCAAGUCUCUGAUCGAGCAGUACGAGCUGAGGGAACUCCACUUCCAUGCGCAAAUGCGGACCAAGGAGCUCGAGGUCCAAUACAACCUCGCUAGGUUUGAGCGUGAAAAGAAGAACUACGAGGCCGAAUUGGCGCGCUCAAGGCAGUUAAACGCCCAGGUGCAGACCUUCUCAAAGACGGAGACGGAGCUGAGACAACAACUCAAUGUCUACGUAGACAAAUUCAAGCAGGUUGAGGACACGCUGAACAAUAGCAACGACUUGUUCCUUACGUUCCGCAAGGAAAUGGAGGAUAUGUCGAAGAAGACAAAACGCCUUGAGAGGGAAAACGAGAACCUCAAGAGAAAGCACGAGCAGGUGAAUGGCAACAUCCUCAAGAUGGCGGAGGAGCGGAACAAGUACUUGGCCGAGAUUGAGGACCUCAAGAAAAAGUGCGAGAAGCUGAAUGGCAUCAUUAAACAGAUGCAGCAGCAGGGCCGGGGGAUCCCGCAAGGGCUGGCUGGCGCGGUUGAAUCGGGCUAUGCGGAAGGUGAAGGAGAACUUGAGGGGGAUGAAAGCGAGUACGAAGACGAGUACGACGAAGAAGGAGAUGAGGAAGUGAGUGACGAGGGCGACGAGUACGACGAUGAAACCGAGGACGAGCAGCAGAUGCAGCAGCAUCACCAACCCCAGCCGUACGGGCCUGAGCGGCCGCCCCCUCCUGCUCCGGCUCCUGCCCCUGUUCCCACCAAGGCCGCCCUUACCGCUAACGGCGCGUACCACCUUUGCUAGAUGGAUAUCCGCAUGCUCAUUUCCGAGAGUUUCUGUCCCGCGACAACGGCUCAGGUUAAGGGUAUGUAUGCAGUGAAACACCGAGGUUAUGACUCGGCUAUCGAUAUGCUUAGAGGACUAGCUCAACCCAUCAGUUCAUCCAGGCGUAUUGACUGGCAUGAACAGGUAACGACAUUGCCGUAUUAGUGUAGUAUUGUCUAGUGAAGAAAUACAGCGGUUGCAGGAGAGGUUCGGUGCUUUGAUGGCCCAGAAAUUGAGGCUCGAUGAUAUCAUGGACACUUGAGCAGUCGCAGUCCGAUGAACGUCCGGGUGCUUGGUGUGUCCGUCGAUGUAUGGACGGACCAUUCAGGUCCCG